GCCACAGACGAAGGCAAGCCCAAGCGUGGCCAUCCCGGACCCCGCGCCGCCGGCCUCCGGCCCGCGGGCGGCGGGCAUGCUGGCAUGGCAGGACGGCGGGGCCAAGGCGGCUCCCUCCCACCACAAGAUCUCCUUCUCUGUCCUCGACAUCCUGGACCCGCAGAAAUUCACCCGCGCUGCGCUCCCGGCCGUGCGCCCUGCUCCUGGGGAAGCCAAGAAAAGUUUGGCAGAGACAGAAGCAGGAAAGGACGCCAGCUCCGGGGACCAGGCCCGCCAGCGGGAGACCCCUGGCCGAGGAGCGGGGGCGGCGUCCCCGCUGGAGGGCUCGGAGGCCGAGGAGGCGGAGGCGGAGGCGGAGGAGGAGGAGGACGCGAAGGACGCAGGAAGGCGGCGACAGGAGCGACCUGCGCGCCUACUGGCGGGCCCGGCGCGCUCUCCGGAGGCCCGAGCAGUGGCGCUGGUGGAGGUGGAGCGCGGCGCCGGCGGCCUCGCGGGCUCCCCGGGCUCGCCGGGCUCCCCGCGGCCCCGGCGCCGACGCUCCGAGCCCAGCUGCGCCAAGCCGCGGCGCGCGCGCACCGCCUUCACCUACGAGCAGCUGGUGGCCUUGGAGAACAAGUUCCGGGCCACGCGCUACCUGUCGGUGUGCGAGCGCCUGAACCUCGCGCUGUCGCUCAGCCUCACUGAGACACAGGUCAAAAUUUGGUUCCAGAACCGCAGGACCAAGUGGAAGAAGCAGAACCCUGGCGCCGAUGGUGCGGCGCAGGCAGGGGCCGGGGCGCCCCAACUCGGGGCGCCCGGGGCGGCGGCGACGGGCGGAGGCAGCACGGAGGAUAGCCCGGGCCCCCCAGGCCCCGGCGCGCUGCCCUUCCAGACUUUCCCCUCCUACUCGGCGGCCAACGUCCUCUUCCCGGCCGCCUCUUCCUUCCCGUUAACGGCCGCCGCCGCCGCCGCCGGGGGCCCCUUUGCGCCCUUCCUCGGGCCCUCGUACCUGACCCCUUUCUACACCCCGCACCUAUGAACCCGGAGCCCCUCCCGGCCCCCAGUUCGUCGGGAUUCACGAAUCGAGCCGUCGUGAGGUCUCCACUCCACGGAGGGGCGCUAACGCGCAGGGACCGCCCCCUCCUGGCGCGGGUGUCUACGCGCCUCUUUUCUGCCACCUGCCGGGAGGCGCCGCCAGAGGCCAGGGACAGGCCGCCCACCGACUCAUGGUCGCGCCCCUUCCUGCCUCGCGGACCCCCUGAAUCCACACGGUCCACUGUGUGUGUGGGGGGUGGGGGGCGGGGGCGCGGGGCGCAGGAUCUGCCGUCUUUAAAAGUGCCCUCCAAUCUUCCCGUUUCUGGACCUAGCUCUUCACUCUUGGUCAGGCUUAACUCAGCUCAAGGGCUCUUUUUGAAGGCCUGGGGUGUUGGGCACCCGGCUAACAAGGCUGUGUGGAUGGGGACGCGAGGGAGCCGAGACCUCCAGCCCGCCAGCUGCUCCCACCUAGGAUGGAAUCCUCAAAGAUUUUGGCUCACGCCUAGGGUAAGGGGCUUUCCCUUUUCGUAGCUGAUUGUUUUCUCUUUUCAUACUUGAUGAUUGGCCCAAACCCAGCCAUUCCUCCUAAAUACUGAACAAAGCUGGGUCCAUGAGCACACACUGCCACUGUGAAAUGGACAAUUUUUUUAAAUGCAAAAAAACCCAUCGUUUUUUCAAUCUUCUUUACAAUUCGGACUUGAGCACUAUUCUUGGUCCCAACAGACUCUCUACAGGUUAUUCCUGAAAGAAUGGGUAUUUUCUUUUUCUGAGAAGACCUGAAGUUUGUGCUAGGAAACCUAAGAGCUUUGGAGCCAGACUUACAUGCUGCAGUAGACACAGUUGUGUGGCUCUGCCAAGUUCUGAGAGCAGCUCUGACAAACCACAGCAAUGACCCUAAAAGGCAUAAAAAUGAUAAUGAAGGGACCAAUGGCUCAGCUAAAACCUAGAGGUCUAUGCGUGAAUCUGCCUGCUUUUAUUGAGAUGUAAUUGACAAGACUGCCUAAUUUGAUUCGCAGUAUUUGAGACUCUAAAACUUGGGUCCUGAUUAGUGAAUCUGUCCCCAUGAUACCUAAGCUCCCAACUGGGAACAGUGCUGGGGGACAGCUAGCUUCUCCAGCACACACAUGAAUUGGACUCAUUUUUAAAAAGCACAAACUCAAACUUUUUAAAGCUUCAUCUAAGGUUUUGACUUGAAAGCGAUUUUUUGUUCCAAACAGACUUUCCACGAUGGCAGCGUGAACAAGCAAAAGGUUGUAAGAGUCUGUGGAAAGAACUACUUCUUGGGUAUAAAGAGCUACUGUGGAAUCAAAAAGCAUAUUCAUAAUGGAUUCAACUGCAGGAACUUAAUUUCUGGAUGUGCAUUCUAACUACUGCUUUUAUUAUCUCCCCCAAACAAUUAAUUCUUCUGUAAAAUUCUCCUGUCAGCUUUGUUUGGAAUACUCUUCCUUUAGUUUUCUUUGUAAUGUGUGGUUCGUAGCCCAUAUCUCAGAAAUCCAGAUGUCUCCAACUAGGUCAUGUAUGUUUCAUUCUCACCUUUAUUUGAUUGAAGCCCAUUGAUAUUUACAUGGAUACCAUAUUCCUUGCUACGUCUUGAUAGCCUAUGCCAUUUAUAAUUAAAUUUAACAAUCAGUGAUUUCUUAUAAAGUAAAAGUACAUUGGUAUUAUGAGCAUGAGCACAUGAUAUUGUCAUCUUGAAAUAUCUAGUUCUAUUAUGAUCAGGAAUGACAGAAAAUAUCUUCCCCUUCUCUGAAAUUAAAUAAAGACUUCAUAUUCGUGACACGCUCACAAGAUUUGAGAAUGUUAUUGCUUAAUUACAUAUUACUUACUAAUUUAGACUCUUUUCUUUGUAUUCCAAAAAAGAAAAGUGUCCCCAAAACAACACAUUGUACUUUCUAAAAGACAAUUGAAGCCAGAUGAGAUUGACAAUGCAGUUCCUGUAGUAUAGACUAUUAUUUUAUUCACUUAAGUGUUGAUAAACACUCCCUCAAAGGCUAUUGGUUGGUUUCUCAAAAGCAACAUUCCAUGUGUCAGGAACAGGCAGGCUAAGUGUACAGAGGCCAGAUCUGUAACAAGCUGAAUUUCUGCGAGAUGAGGGAAACAUGUCAUUCCUCAUAGGUAUCAGAAUCACAAGACUCCAGUUAGAGAGAGGGACUGGGGAGUGAGGCGGAGGCUAAUCUGUUUGUGGACUAGCAUGGAAUGCUUUAAUUCCUGACCUUUCUUGUUUCUAUAAAUUUUAACAGAGUAAUGCUUGAAGUGUGUGACUUUGGACUUCUGCUGCUUUGAAACGCCCAGUGGCUUUCCAACCAAAUCCUUAGACUCAAAUCUAUUGAUGUGUUUGUCUAAUAAAUUCUUUUUGUAAUGA